AUGUCCCUGACAGAGUCGACGCCGGAAUCGGCAGCGAAGGCAGCGUCUUUCUCCGCCCAAUCAUUGGCAGUACUCCCAGUAUCAGCACGCAAUGCAGCACUUACAUCCAUCCAUGAUGCUCUCUCGGCCAGCAAGGACACUAUCCUCAAGGCCAAUGCGCGGGAUAUGGAACUAGCAACACAGGCAUCACAGUCCGGCCAGCUAUCCCAAAGCGUGCUGAAACGGCUGGACCUAUCCCGACCAGGAAAAUACGACGACAUGCUCAGUGGGAUCCUGGAUGUGCGGAAACUCGAAGAUCCAAUUGGCCAAGUCACUCUGAAGACACGGCUGGAUGAAGGUCUCGAGCUGGAGCGUGUUUCCUGUCCGAUUGGCGUACUACUCAUCAUCUUCGAGGCUCGUCCCGAGGUCAUUGCCAACAUUGCCAGUCUGGCUAUCAAGUCCGGCAAUGCUGCCAUUCUCAAGGGUGGCAAGGAGUCUACACAUUCAUUCGAAGCUAUUGCCACUGUCAUUGGGAGUGCCUUGCAGAAUACAGAGGUCCCCAUUGCGGCAAUCCAGCUCGUCAAGACUCGCGAUGUCAUUGAUCAGCUGCUGGACUUGGAUCGAUAUAUUGAUCUGGUGAUCCCACGCGGUGGCAACGAGUUGGUUCGAUAUGUCAAGGACCACACCAAGAUCCCUGUACUGGGACAUGCAGAUGGUCUGUGUAGUGUAUACCUGCACAAGGACGCCGAUAAGGACAUUGCCGUCAAGGUUGUCAUCGACAGCAAAACCGACUAUCCUGCUGCAUGCAAUGCGGCAGAAACACUGCUGGUUCAUCAAGAUGUGCUGAAGACCGUCCUGCCUGACGUAGCAACUGCAUUGCUACAGAAAGGCGUGAGCCUACGAUGUGAUGAGACCAGCAAAGCGGCACUGAAGGAGGUUCUACGUCCAGAGAACGCAGUACUGCUGCAAGACGCCACGGAAGAGGACUACAACACCGAGUUCCUCGAUCUGAUCCUUGCCAUCAAAACAGUCCCUGCCACAGCAUUCUCUUCGCCCUCCUCCACUACAAACGGCAACACAAGCUCCGAUCCCACCACCACGGACGAAGAAGACCCGUCCCUCAACCUCGCCAUCGCGCACAUCAACGCCCACUCAUCCAAACACACCGACUCGAUCGUCACGGCCUCAUCCCAAGCUGCCGAGAAAUUCAUGUCCGCAGUGGACGCCGCCGGCGUAUACUGGAACGCAUCCACACGUUUCGCGGAUGGCAUGCGGUACGGCUUCGGCACCGAGGUCGGCAUCAGCACGAAUAAAAUCCAUUCCCGCGGACCCGUCGGGUUGGAAGGAUUGACCAUCUACAAAUACAAGAUUCGGGGUCGCGGCCAGGGCGCGAGCGACUACGGAGUGGGAGAGGGGAGGAGGGAGUUCAAGCAUGAGAGGUUGGAUUAG